AUGCGGCGUUCUGGCAGGCAAAAAACCGCGCGCGCGGCGCUCGCGCUCGCCCUCGCGUGCGCGCAGACCGCCGCGCUCUCGCUCGCGACGCCGCACGCCAAACCAUGCCGCACGAGCGCCUUGCGGGCGGCGGUGGUCAGCGACGAGCUCGGCCACCUGGACAAAAAGGUCGUCGGCGCCGCCGCGGCCCGCGCCCUGCGCUUCGACGGCAUGAUCGCGUUCGACCGCCGGCGGCGGCGCCUGCCGCGCGUGCCCGUCGUGAGCAAGUACGUGGAGUACGUCGGCGAGCUCUGGCGCGCGGACGAGGCGAGCACGGCGCGGUCCGACGUCGUCGAGGUCGGCCGGGGCACGACGCUCGCGACGCGCGUGACCACGGGCGUGGGCCUGGGCCUCCUCUUCACGUAUUGGACCAUGGUCCCGAACUGGGCCUUCGCGCUGGGCAUGCUGCUCCAGGCGCUCGUCGCGCAGCUCGAGUACUUUCGCAUGGCGAUCAUCCGGGGCGCGCGGCCCGCGCGGAGGAUCGUCAUGGCCGCGUCCAUCGCGGCCAUGGCCGUCGCCGCGGGGGCGCCGGCGCUCCACGAGCUCGUCUUCCCCGUGGGGGCGACGUGGAUGAUGCUGUGGCUGUGUCUCAUGCGGAAGCACGCGAGUUCGAUACAGGACAUCUCGACGUCGCUCAUGGGCCUCUUCUACACGGCCUAUCUGCCGAGCUUCUGGGUGCGCCUGCGGUGCGCGCCCGAGUGGACCAUGGCGGCGGCGAACCUCGCGCCGGAGGGCGCGUUCGCGUCCGUCGCGGCGGCGGCGGCGGCGCACGUGCCGCUCCUGCGGCACGCGGGCGCGCAGGCCGUCUGGUGGACGGCGCUGACCGUCGCCGUGUCCGACAUCGGCGCCUACUUCGGGGGCAAGCGCUUCGGCCGCCACUCGCUCGCGGCGCUGGGCCUCGGCGCGGCGGCCGAGGCGUCGCCGAACAAGACGAUCGAGGGCGCGAUCUCGGGCUUUGGUGCCGCGGGCCUCUGCUUCGGCCUCGGCGCCCGGGCCAUGGGCUGGCCGCUCUGGCCCCUGAGCGGCGUCGGCUUCGGCGUGACCAUCGCGAUGCUCGCGCUCCUCGGCGACCUCACGGCGUCCAUGCUCAAGCGCGACGCGGGCGUCAAGGACUUCGGCCACCUCUUCCCGGGCCACGGCGGCGUCCUCGACCGCCUCGACGGCUACUUCUUCGUCGCGCCCAUCGCCCUCGUGCUGCUCCCGCGCCUCGUCGCGCCGGGCGCCUGGCAGCAGCGCGCCGCGAGGAUGGACGAGCUCGUGAAGCAGGCCGAGGCCGCCGGCGAGGCCGUCAAGGUGGCCAAGGGCGGCGACUCCAAGGAGGCGAUCAAGGCCGCCGUCGACGCGCUCGUGGCCAUCAAGGAGAAGAUCACGGCGCUGGACCCGAGCCACCCGCUGGCGCUCGUGGACAAGGCGGCGAAGAAGAAGGCGGAGAAGGAGAAGAAGAAGAAGGAAGCCGAGGCCGCGGCGGCCGCGAACGGCGGCGGCGACGCCGGCCCGAGCAAGAACGCGCAAAAGGCCGCGGCGAAGAAGGCGCUCAAGGACGCGAAGAAGAAGGCGCACAAGGAGGGCGCGGCGCCGCCGCCCGCGGCGGCGCCCGCCGCCGCGGCGCCCAAGGCCGCCGCGCCCAAGGCCGCCGCGCCCAAGGCCGCGCCGGCGCCCGGCGGCUCCGCCGCGGGCGUCGUCUACUUCGGCGCCGACGCGCCGCCCCUCGCGGCCAUGGCGACCGUCGCCGCCGUCGGCGGGGGCGCGACCUUCGCCGUCGACGCGGCGCUCAAGAAGGCGCAGCCCUACACGACGGUCGGCGGCUGCCGCGUCUUCGGCGCCGUCGCGAUCGCGCGGCACGUCGCGCGCGCGGCCGGCGCCGCGGCCUUCCUCGGCGGGGCGUCGCCCGCGGACGCGGCCCUCGUGGACCAGUGGGUCGAGCUCUCGCUGUCGUACCCGGCGUUCGGCGACGGCCCGGGCCUGGUCGCGGCGCUCGCGGCGCGCCUCGCGGCGGGCACGUGGCUCGUGGGCACCGCGGCGACGCUCGCCGACGCCUGCUGCUGGGCGGCCGUGACGACGGCCGCCGCCGACGCCGCGGCGAAGAGCGCGGACGUCGCGCGGUGGCUCAAGCUCUGCGAGUCGCAGUUCGCCGCCGCGCGCGCGCUGCUCAAGGCCGCGCCGAAGGCGAGCGGCAAGGCCGCCGAGGCCUCCGCCGACGGCGGCUGCCCGCCGCUGGAGGGCGCCGUCGAGGGCAAGGUCGUCACGCGGUUCCCGCCGGAGCCGUCGGGCUACCUCCACAUCGGCCACGCGAAGGCCGUGCUCCUCAACGACUACUACGCGCGGCGCUACAAGGGCAAGCUGCUCGUGCGAUUCGACGACACGAACCCGUCCAAGGAGAAGGACGAGUACGCGGCGAACAUCCUCCGCGACCUCCAGACGCUCGGCAUCGACCCCGAGGACAAGGAUAGCUACGUGUCGUUGAGCCACACGUCGGACCACUUCGACAAGAUCGCGUCGCUCGCCGAGCAGCUCAUCGACAAGGGCAAGGCCUUCAUGGACGACACGCCCCAGCAGCAGAUGCGCGACGAGCGCGAGGCGCGCUCCAACUCGAAGCACCGCGACGUCGACGCGAAGACGAACCUGCAGCGCUUCAAGGACAUGCGCGAGGGCAAGGCGCCCGAGUGGUGCCUCCGCGCGAAGAUCGACAUGUCCAGCGACAACGGCACGCUCCGCGACCCCGUCAUGUUCCGCGCGAACGACUCGCCGCACCACCGCACGGGCACGAAAUACCGGGCCUACCCGACCUACGACCUCGCCUGCCCCAUCGUCGACUCCCUCGAGGGCGUCACGCACGCGUUACGCACGACGGAGUACAACGACCGCGACGCGCAGUACGCGUGGCUCCAGGAGGCGCUGGGCCUGCGCAAGGUCCGGAUCCACGCGUUCUCGCGCAUCAACUUCGUGCGCACGCUCAUGUCGAAGCGCAAGCUCGCCUGGCUCGUGGACCAGAAGGCCGUCGAGGGCUGGGACGACCCGCGCUUCCCGACGAUCCAGGGCGUCGUCCGCCGCGGCGUCUCCGUCGCGUCGCUCCGCGACUUCAUCGUCAGCCAGGGCGCGUCGCGGAACAUCAUCAACCUCGAGUGGGACUCGUUCUGGGCGCUCAACAAGGCGGCCUACGAGGCGCCGUCGAAGCGGUUGAUGGCCGUCGAGGCCGCGGGAAAAGCGACGCUGAAGAUCACGAACUGCCCGCAGUACGACGUCGGCGACGUCCACGCGCUGGUCGUGCCCUGGCACCCCAAGGACGAGUCCAUGGGCAUGCGGCCCUGCCGCAUCGGCAACACGAUCUACCUCGAGGGCGACGACGCGAAGACGCUGGCCGCGGGCGAGGAGGUCGUGCUCAUGCGCUGGGGUCUGGUGAAGAUCACCAAGGCCAACGGGCUCGCCUUCGAGGGCGAGUACGUGCCCGACGGCGUCUACAAGAAGAAGAAGACGCUGUCCUGGCUCGCGGAGACGCCCGACGCCGCGGCGCUGACCUUGGUGGAGUACGACUACCUCAUCGCGAAGCCGAAGCUCGACGAGGACGACGACCUCGCGACGCCGGGCGUGCUCACGCCCGUGUCCAUGGUCGAGACGCCGGCCAUCGGCGACCCGCUCUGCAAGUUCCUCAUGCAGGGCGACGUCGUCCAGCUCGAGCGCCGCGGCUUCUUCAAGUGCGACGUCGCCCACAACCCCUUCGCCAAGGAGCCCGCGCCCAUCCGCCUCAUCUACGUGCCCGACGGCAAGCCCCAGCACAAGGUGCCCUUCUCCCGCCUCCCCUCCGCGAAGAAGCCCUAGGGGGCCUAGCAUGUGCUCAACGGC